CCUGGGUUUCCAGUCAUCACACUUUACCUUCAUUUUUGUCCAAUCAUGGACGACUGGCUGCUUAUAAUCUGAUUUAUAAAUACAGAUUCACAGAUGACAUUUUUCUGAAGCUGGACAGUUAGUCAUUGGCUUUAUCUAGGCAGAUAUACGUUGCAGACCAUAAUGCUUAAGAGAGAAGAGAAACCAUACUGGAAUCUUUCAGUCACAGUUUUACAUGGCAAUAUCAAAACGUCAUAUGACUACUGGUCUGAAUCUGACUGUUAUGUCAUCUUGAACCUACCCACGGCAUCUGCUCGAACAUAUCGCACCAAGACUGUCGCAAAUAGCAACAAGCCUGUUUGGAACGAAACCUUUCACUUUAGGGUCCAGAGCAAUGUCAAGAAUAUUCUGGAGCUCCAGAUCUAUGACAAUGACCCGUACAUGAGAGAUGAUCAGAUCACCACCGUCUUGUUCGACAUUGAUAACCUCACACUUGAGAAGAAAGAGAAAAAAUGCUUCAUUUUAAAUGAUACUAAAAAAGAUGAGCUGUGGGUGGAGUUUGAGAUUACAAACAGCUCUGAGGUACCGAGCCCUAUCAUGACUAAUGGCGUGUUGGUGGCAGGUCCUUUUUGUGAGCUGAAGGUGGGGGUAGACAAGCUUCCUCACACUGAAGCAAUCCAGAACAUUGUGUUGAAGCUGAAGGGGGCUUUUAAAGAGGAUCAGGUCAUUUUAAUUGAGGACAAUCCGAAGACGUUACAUUUUUACAUCAACGGAAACCUGGAAACUGAACUUUUUUUAACCCCUGAAAGCAGAAUGUUAUUUGAAAAUUUUGUCCAGACUGAGACAAAUCAAGUGGAUGGUGCAAAUCCAAAGUAUGAAGACAUUGGGUCGUCUAUAGCUUUCAAACCACUUCCAGCCAAACAGCAAAUCACAGUUUCUUUGCCAUUAGGACUGGAAAAAAUUGAUGUGGAACUGAAUAUAGAUGAUUGUGUUGCCAAAGACCUUGAUGUACGUCUGGGUUUCGAUAUCCCGACCGAAGAAAACAAUUUUCUGGUAAAAAGGAGAAAAGUCGUGUCACAAGCUCUUCAGAGAGCUCUGCAUCUCAUCUCUCCCCCUGAACCCAGCAAGGUGCCAGUGGUGGCUGUGGUGUGUUCUGGAGGUGGGUCGAGGGCAAUGACGGGCACAUAUGGAAGUCUUAGGGGACUACAGAAGCUCCAGCUUCUUGAUGCUGUCACCUACAUCACAGGAGUUUCUGGCUCCACCUGGGCUUUAUCUACUCUUUAUGGCGACCCUAACUGGUCUAAAACAGACAUGGUUAAGAUUAUAGAGUCUGCAAAAAAAGAGAUAUCUAAAAGUACAUUUAGUAUAUUUUCUCUUGAGCAGCUGGGGUACUACAGAGAGAAGAUGAAGGAAAAAGAGAAAGAAGGACAUCUCGUAUCUCUUAUUGAUAUGUGGGGUCUUGCUAUAGAGUAUCUUAUUCAAGGAAAGAAUCCCAUGGGCACGUUGAGUGAAAUGCAGAAGACAUUGUCAGAGGGCCAGAACCCUUUACCCAUCUUCACAGUUGUUAACAUGAAGGACGGCAAGACAGAAUGUACAACAGAGGCUGAAUGGUGUGAGUUCACACCAUAUGAAGUUGGAAUUUCUAAAUAUGGUGCAUUUGUACCUGCACAGAACUUUGGUAGUGGAUAUUAUCUCGGUCACAUGGUCAAGAAGCUUCCUGAAACAAGGUUGUCCUUUCUAUUGGGAAUAUGGAGCAGUGUUUUCUCUCUGAAUCUGACAGAAAUCUGGGGUCUCACCACUGGAAUCGCCCCUUCAUGGGCCCCUGGGACUGGAAGAGAAGCCAGUGACAAAAGUGAAGACACUGCUAAAAAGGAAAAAUCACCCGGCACGUCCAUGGUCAGCCCAGUUACGGACACAGCUAAAAUGUUGAGCGGUUUUAUGAACAGCCGCCCCAUUAUCAGCCAGAUGCUCAACUUUCUCAGGGGUUUGCAGCUGCACAGGGAUUACAACGAGAACUCUGGAUUCAUCACAGGGAAAGAAAAACAUCCAGAUGCCUUUCCUAACACCCUGACCCCAGUUGAUCCAAUGCUUAGUUUGGUUGAUGCUGGAUUUUCCAUUAAUACCGGAUUCCCUCCUGUGGUAGGCUCUCAAAGACAUGCAGAUGUUAUUAUCUCACUAAACUACUCCUGGGACCAAGACCAGUUCAUGGUUCUUAAGCAAACUCACAAGUAUUGCUCCGAUCGCAAAAUACCCUUUCCAAAGAUUGAUUUCCAAAAGUUGGAGUCAGUGCCACUAAAGGAAGUUUAUGUGUUUGAGGAUGAAGAAAAUCAAGAGGCUCCCAUAGUGAUUCACUUUCCCUUGGUCAACGUCACAUUCAAACAGUUUAAGGCUCCUGGAGUGAAAAGAGUAACCGAGAAGGAGCUGAAAGAGGGAGCAGUUGAUGUUGAAUUCAAAAGUGACUCCAGUCCAUAUGUGACUCACAAAAUUACCUACACACCGGAGGACUUCGAUAAGCUUGUCAACCUCACUUCCUACAACAUUAUAAACAACAAAGAUGUCAUUCUGAAAGUGCUGAAAAAAGCGGUUAAUAGGAAAUCGAAAUGAAAUAUAAAAUGUAUAUCUAUAUGAGUACGAGUACAUGAGCUUGGUAUCCGGCCCGAUAUAGCUUCUGGUAUCUGUGCAUCCCUGGUUAGUACAAUGCUUUAGUUAAACAUGUGCUUGGUUUCACAUCAAUGUAUUUGCUGAAUAAAAAAAUGCUAUAUUAUUAUUA